AUGUAUGCUCCUCAAGGCCAGAUGCAGCCCUAUGGCACAUGGCCUCCUGGAUACCCCGGGAUGCCAGCAGCGUACCCUAUGCCGAUGGGAAAGAUUGGUAAGGCGCCCGAGAUCGGUACCAAGGGAAGGAGGAGGAGGAAAAAGGUGCUCCAGGGAGGACCCAAGAAACCAGCGACGUCCUUCGUCCUGUUCUCCAACACGGUCAGAGAGGAGGUCAAAGCUGCAAACCCAGGAUUGUCGUUUCUUGAGCUUGGAAAGAAGUUGGGAGAGAUGUGGAGGGAGAUGGAUCCAGCCGUGCGGAAGGAGUAUGAGGAUCGUGCCACUGCGGCGAAGGACAGAUAUCUGGAGGAGAAAAAGAUCUGGCUCGCUCAGCGUGCUGCAGGAAUGACGCAAGAUUGA